GGCGGCGGCGGCGGCGGCGGCGGGCCGAGCCCGGCCAGGCCGCGAUGGCGACCAGGAAGGCGGGCUCGCGGCUGGAGACGGAGAUCGAGCGCUGCCGCUCCGAGGCCCAGUGGGAGCGGAUCCCCGAGCUCGUCAAGCAGCUGUCGGCCAAGCUCAUCGCCAACGAUGACAUGGCUGAGCUUCUCCUCGGGGAGUCGAAGCUGGAGCAGUACCUGAAGGAGCAGCCCUUGCGGCAGGGGGCCAGCCCUCGUGGUCCCCGGCCCCAGCUCACCGAGGUUCGCAAGCAUCUAACUGCCGCCCUGGACCGAGGGAACCUCAAGUCAGAAUUACUCCAGGAAUCCAAUCUUAUCAUGGCCAAGCUGAAUUACGUGGAAGGAGAUUACAAAGAAGCCCUCAACAUUUAUGCCCGAGUGGGCCUCGACGACUUGCCACUGACGGCCGUGCCCCCCUACCGCUUGCGGAUGCUGGCGGAAGCCUUCGCUACCAAAGGACUUUGCUUAGAGAAGUUGCCUAUUUCCUCUUCGACCAGUAACCUCCAUGUGGACCGGGAACAGGACGUGAUUACCUGCUACGAGAAAGCGGGGGACAUCGCACUUCUAUACCUCCAAGAGAUUGAACGGGUAAUCCUUACUAAUAUUCAGAACAGAAGCCCUAAGCCCGGCCCUGCUCCCCAGGAUCAAGAACUAGGUUUUUUCCUAGAAACAGGACUUCAGAGAGCCCAUGUCCUCUAUUUCAAAAAUGGGAACUUGACGCGAGGAGUGGGGAGAUUCAGAGAGAUCCUUCGAGCAGUGGAGACCAGAACGACGCAGAACCUGCGCAUGACGAUAGCCAGGCAGCUGGCGGAGAUCUUGUUGCGGGGCAUGUGUGAACAGAGCUACUGGGACCCGCUGGAGGAGCCGCCUUGCCAGUCACCGCUGGAUGACCCGCUGCGGAGAGGAGCGAAUACCCAGACCUACCGCCUCAGCCGGAAGGCCCGAGUCUACUCUGGAGAGAACAUUUUCUGUCCUCAAGAGAACACAGAGGAAGCGCUGCUACUGCUUCUCAUCAGCGAGUCCAUGGCCAAUCGAGAUGCAGUGCUGAGCCGAAUCCCCGAGCACCGGGGCGACCGUCUCAUCAGCCUACAGAGCGCUUCGGUGGUGUACGACUUGCUGACCAUUGCCCUGGGCAGGAGAGGCCAGUACGAGAUGCUGUCAGAGUGUUUGGAGAGAGCCAUGAAGUUUGCCUUUGAAGAGUUUCACCUCUGGUACCAGUUUGCACUGUCCCUCAUGGCAGCCGGAAAAUCGGCCCGGGCCGUGAAGGUGCUGAAAGAGUGUAUCCGCCUGAAGCCGGACGACGCUACCAUCCCGCUCCUGGCCGCCAAGCUGUGCAUGGGCUCUCUGCACUGGUUGGAAGAGGCCGAGAAGUUUGCCAAAACCGUAGUGGAUGCAGGAGAGAAAGCAUCAGAGUUCAAGGCCAAAGGCUACUUGGCACUGGGCCUCACGUACAGUCUACAGGCCACAGAUGCUUCUCUGCGAGGGAUGCAGGAGGUCCUCCAGAGAAAGGCGCUUCUUGCAUUUCAGAGGGCCCACAGCCUGUCUCCUACAGACCACCAAGCAGCUUUCUACCUGGCUCUGCAGCUGGCCAUCUCCAGACAGAUUCCAGAGGCUCUGGGUUAUGUCCGCCAGGCUCUCCAGCUGCAGGGUGAUGAUGCCAAUUCACUGCACCUCCUGGCCCUCCUGCUGUCAGCGCAGAAGCAUUACCACGACGCUCUCAAUAUCAUCGACAUGGCAUUGAGCGAGUACCCAGAGAACUUCAUACUGCUCUUUUCCAAAGUGAAGCUAGAAUCUCUGUGCCGAGGGCCGGACGAGGCGCUGCUGACGUGUAAGCACAUGCUGCAGAUCUGGAAAUCCUGUUACAACCUCAGCAACCCUAGCGACUCUGGCCGUGGAAGCAGCCUCCUAGACAGAACCAUCGCUGACCGGCGGCAGCUUAAUGCCAUCACCCUGCCUGACUUCAGCGAUCCUGAGACAGUGUCAGAUUCCUCCUCCUCCUCCUCUUCUCUUUCAAGAAACGAAUCUCCUCUCCACCUGUUUGUAUCUUCUCAUCUUCAUUCUCAUCCCAAACCCGAUACCUUUGUGUGGCCCUCCGUUGCCUACUCAUUCAGUGACCCAGGUCCCCGCCGGGAACCCUCUCUCUGCAACUCUCCAGAAGCGCACUUUCAUGGUUUUCCCUCCCUUUUUUCAGUUAGCUCUGUCCACGCCACCUCAGUUGCAGCUUCCAGAGUGGAGCAGGCGCUGUCAGAAGUGGCCUCCUCUCUGCAGAGCAGCGCCCCCAAGCAGGGCCCACUGCACCCCUGGAUGACGCUGGCACAGAUCUGGCUCCACGCAGCUGAGGUCUACAUCAGCAUCGGGAAGCCCGCAGAGGCCACCGCCUGUACCCAGGAGGCCGCCAACCUCUUCCCGAUGUCCCACAACGUGCUGUACAUGCGAGGCCAGGUGGCCGAGCUCCGAGGGAACUGUGACGAAGCGCAGCGCUGGUACGAGGAGGCCCUGUCCAUCAGCCCCACGCACGUGAGGAGCAUGCAGCGCCUGGCCCUGAUCCUCCACCAGCUGGGCCGCUACAGCCUAGCCGAGAAGGUCCUUCGCGACGCCGUGCAGGUCAACUCCACAGCCCACGAGGUGUGGAACGGGCUGGGGGAGGUCCUGCAAGCUCAGGGUAACGACGCAGCGGCCACCGAGUGCUUCCUGACCGCCCUGGAGCUGGAGGCCAGCAGCCCCGCCGUGCCCUUCACCAUCAUUCCGCGCGUGCUCUGAGCCGGAAGGUGCGUGUGAGCCACACACGGGGGCUCCAACCAGCCAAACUCCCCAGCCCCGCACCCUCCCCCAGGCCCCCUCUGCGGUCCCUGCCAACCCAGCCAUCGUCGCUGACCUCAGACCUUGUUCAACCUGUAUUAUGUGCCAUAUUUUGUGAGUUGACAUCUGAGUUUCAAGUUUAAAAAAAAAAAAGACAAAAAAAGGAGAGAGAUUCUGAAGCGAAUCAGCAAACGUAGGAGAAUCUAUUCGAAGUUAAAAUUCAGUGGCAGAACAGAUUAUUUUUAUCAGAGCUGUAAAGAAAACUGUUCUCUCCUCUCCAGCCCCGCGCCGGCCCCGGCCCAGAAACCAAAUGUGAAUGUUCUACUCCCCACCUCGGCCCUCGCCCGCGCCAUGGCACCAGCUGACAGUGUCUUGGUUUUCGUUGUCGAUAAUUGUACUUACGUGAUGAUAAAUUUACUGUCCUCACUUAGAGCAAAAAGCCCGAGUCCAAGAAUAUUUAUAUUUUACCAAUAUAUGCCUGUUAACAAGAGAAGGAAAUAUGAGUUAUUUAAGUUUAACUUUUUUAUGUGAAUCCAGAGUUUAUUUAUCGAUGGAAAUAUGUACAAAGAAGCUUCAAAGGGAAUAUUUACCGACAUUCCUUAUACAUGACAGACCCUUGGCUAAAAUGGGGAGACAAUGUUAAUAAUAAAAUGAUUUUUAAAUGGA